UGGUAACAGCUGAGUCAUCCCGCACCCUUCGAAGCGAUGCUCUCCUUUCUCUGCUCGGAAGCGCAGAUGCACUCUGAUCACCACAGGUGCCAUCUGGGAACAGCACCGGGCUGGCAGAUCGUGCUAGCUGGAUGGGUAACGUUUCUACUGCGGUCAAGCACUGCCUGAACUAUGAGACUUUCUUGCGGGAUUAUCCAUGGUUUCCACGGCUCCUGUGGGAAGAGAAGUGCUCUGAACUGCCUAAGCUUCCACGUUGUGUCAAAAUUGUUGAGGUCGGACCAAGAGAUGGACUGCAGAAUGAAAAGGAAAUAGUGCCGACAGAGGUCAAAAUCCAGCUGAUAGACAUGCUGUCUCAGACCGGAUUGCCCGUCAUCGAAGCCACUAGCUUUGUGUCUUCAAAGUGGGUAGCACAGAUGGCAGACCACACUGCAGUGUUGAGAGGGAUUAAAAGGUCUCCUGACAUUAGAUACCCUGUUCUGACUCCCAAUAUUCAGGGCUUCCAGGCAGCUGUUGCAGCAGGAGCUACUGAAGUGGCAGUGUUUGGUUCCGCUUCAGAGACCUUCAGCAGGAAGAACAUCAACUGCUCAAUAGAGGAGAGUUUGCAGAGGUUUGAGCAGGUCCUCUCUGCAGCUAAACGCGAAGGCAUACCAGUGCGCGGGUAUGUUUCCUGUGCUCUUGGCUGUCCAUAUGAGGGACAAGUAAAACCAUCACAAGUCACAAAGGUGGCAAAGCGGUUGUUUGAGCUGGGCUGUUAUGAGGUAUCCCUGGGGGACACCAUUGGCGUAGGCACCGCGGGCUCCAUGGCCGAGAUGCUGAGCGAUGUGUUGACUGAGGUGCCCGUCAACGCACUGGCGGUGCACUGCCACGAAACUUACGGUCAGGCUCUGCCCAACAUACUCAUUGCUUUGCAGAUGGGGGUUUCUGUGGUCGACUCUUCGGUUGCAGGUCUCGGAGGAUGCCCGUAUGCCAAGGGAGCGUCUGGCAAUGUUUCUACUGAGGAUGUUUUAUAUAUGCUACAUGGUCUUGGAAUUGAAACCGGGGUGGACCUGUUGAAAGUGAUGGAAGCGGGAGAAUUCAUCUGCCAAGCCUUAAAUCGAACAACUAACUCCAAGGUCAGCCAAGCUACCAAAAACAUCCAGCCUUUUCAUUCUAAGUGAAAAUAAGUAGCUACAAUGUGGUCCAAAAGCCUAUAUCCCGAUGUAUGCACUGUAAACCUGCUUUCAUACUUCUGGCCUCUGCUAAAUGCUUUUACUUUGAUUGACAUUUAAAGAGCUGCUGAUGCAGUAUUUAAGUUAAUAAUGUCUACAACAUACUGUAUCGUGCCUAUAACAGAAAACAUGGACAUUUUAUGCCAAAGAAAUGAGCCCAUGCCUUUUGUAGUUUCUGUCAAACAGAAAACACUAAAAAUAGAUAGCCAAGAAAAUAUGACUUGACAUGAGGCUGAUGACCCCAAUCUGUGAGAGUCAUUUUUUGUAAUUUUAUUUUUCUCCUCAUGCAUUCAUAUCCUGCUUAAAAUAGUUACAAACAGACUGCAGAGAUUACCGUGGCAGACUUCACAGCAGGUUCAGAGCACUACAGAGAAAGCUUAUUAUCUUUCGUAUCAUAAACUGUCAUUUCAAUAGUAUUAACAAUAAAUCUACAAAACUCAAGUAUUCAGUACAAAUGUUUGAUAAAAUGAAUAACUGAAAUAAAGAAUCCUUUCGCCAAGUAACGUAGCCUGUUUGAAUGCAUGCUGCUCUAAGUUACAUUAAUAUAUUCAGUGCAUAUAUGUAUACACUUUAUUUUAAUGUCAAUUGACUAUUAACAGGAACUUUUGCCUCAAUAAAGUCUUAAAUUGCUGCUUAUUGAUAACAAUAACAAACAGCCAGUAUGUGUAUGCUAUAUUGAGAAUUGGUCCUUGAAAUAAGGUUCUAAAACAGUUUUAUAAAAAAUAUAUAUUUGUAGUGGUCAAAUAAUUUUAGCAUUAACAAUGUUGGAUGUAUAAUCUAAGAAAAUGAUCCUUGUUGCUGUACCUUAUUGUCUUUGCACUAAAUCGCUUAUUUCUGUCUCUGUACUAGCAUCACAUAUCUUUACCAAUACCUUUUACUGCUUUUCAACCUGCCUUCAUAUAGUUGUCUAUAUACUGGACAUGUUUGGAUGCUAUCAUUUCUGGUUAAUAAAGGUUUUACGGUUGUAUGUAGUAAGAUCAAUAAAAAACACUUUUUGGA